GGCAGUACCCACCUUGCGCCUCAACCAGUCUCACUUGGCUGGGUUGACUGCAGCGACCUUCUUCUGCUGUCUCCGAGUUGGACUCUCGUUUCAGGCAGGAAACUAUCCCAUCUGACCCUGAGGACCCAGCCCCAAGCUAGCUCUUUCUUUGGAGAGAGCCAGCAGAACCCAGAAGAUUCUGUCACUUUCAGAGUGGCAGUCAGACCUCUGGACCCCAACAGAGACACGAGAGCAUUAGCAGAACCAUUUGCUGUAUUGCUCUGACCUGUGAAUACACAGCCACACCAUUAUGCCUUUCGGAAGACUCCCCAAAGGAUAUUCUGAACCUGGAGAAGGUGAUCAAAAAAAUGUCAUCAAACAAAUGAAAGUUCGAACCAUCAUCAAAGAUGACAGCAGCUGGAUUCACAAACCAGAUGAUACAGAAGGCCAGACCAUAGAGUUACCUCCCAGCAAGGAGCCCUCUUCAACUGCACCUCCAGUUGUAACACCCCAGAAGGACAGGCCUCCAGCUCCCAAACCUUCAUCAGGCUACAUUAUCAGGGGCAUAUUCACCAAGCCCACUGACAGCACAAGUGUGCCACAGACUCGCUACUCGGCUACUUCCGAACCCCCCAAAAGACCUACGGUUCCAGCAAAACCUGUCACUGCCAACCUGCCCCGGACCUCACCCUCUGCCUACAAAGUCGCUUCUGAGGAGUACAAGAAGAAGAUGGCCGAAGCUUCCUGCAACGUGUUUCAGAGGUCUGCCACCUGGGAGCGCUCCUCUGUGCUAUCUGAUGCCAAGAAAAGCGCAAUGCCGGCAGCUCAGGUGGCGUCUUUCUGUCCACCUUCCAAGAGUUCCACUCAGGAUGUAGCACCUCCAGUUAUGGCAGAGACGGUUGAAGUCGAAGAGGAUGAAGUCCCUCCUGAGAGAAGUCAGACCCUGCCAUCUUUGGCAAGACAGAUUUUCGGCUUCACCAGUUCUGAUUCUAGCAGAGAGAAAGCAGGCUCCUCAGCUUGGACUGGAAAUGUGUCCAGGAGUUUCUUUUCAUCUGCCAGAGUUCAAGAGUACAGUAGAAAGAAAGAAGAAACUCACACUGCAGUGGGCCAUGACCCAAAACUGGAAUCCUCUCUUCUUGAGCUUUCCCUAGACAGCAGUGGGAAGAGGUCAAGUACCUGCUCAACUGACAGUAAUCGUAGCUCCAGUGGUUCACAAAAUGAUCUGGAUGAAAUACAGAUUACCUCUAAGAAAAAAUCUACCCUCAGCUAUGGUGACCGAUAUGUCAGUAGCACUGAGAGCUAUGAGGGCCCUGAUAACCAGCAAUUUUUUGAAGCCAACAAACCAAGGUAUGGUUCAGAGGAAUAUGAUGUGUUUUCUCCUGAUGACCAGUACGAUCCUUCUGUGAACCUACAAUACUACAUACCCAGCAAGAACACUACAAAGUAUGCCUCUGCCUCCAUUGUUACCAGCACUGAGAAGAGAUAUGGAAGUUCAGCCAGCUCAGAUGAACCUACAUCAUCUAAACUCCAAAGGUUUGCCUCUGCUACCAGGGAGAAAGCAAUCAUGGGCAGUAUGGCUGCCAGCGCUCCAGACAGUGCCUCAGCUUCGGACAAUGAACAACCUUCUAACUUUUCCAAGAUAAGUGGUGCUUCCUGUACCCACUGCCUCAAAGAGAUCAGAACUGGACCCAAAAUUACUCUGGAGCACUUGGGCACCUGCUUCCAUGAGUGCUGCUUCAAGUGUGAGAUUUGCGAGAAGAUAAUGGCCAAUAUGCUGGACCAUGUGUACAUCCACAAGGGAAUCAUUCACUGUGACCAGUGCUAUGCCAGACUCUUCUAGUUUUGAUCAGCUCUCGAAGAGUCAUCGUGAAGAUGGGGACCCAUCUUCCUAAAUCUCCAGCACUACUGUUUCUCCUUAUUACUAAUUCCAGUUGUUUCCUUCAUGUCUUUCCAUCUAACUCAGUUGAACAUGUUUAACAAAGAUAAUUAGCUUUAUCUACCUUUUCAUUAGCUUUGAU